GCAGCUCGCAGAUUCCUCUUAUCAGCGAGCACACUUCUGAAAGAGCUUCAGAGGGAACUAUGGACAAUCACUGAGUAUGAGCCCUGCAUUGAACACACUGACUGAAAGGAUGGAGUAUGACAAUGGAAAUUCUUGUAUAGAACUGCUUCUUGCACACAUGAAAAUUGAGGACUUCAUUCAAGAGGCAGAACAUUUCUACAGUGUUGGUGAGGUGGUGGAAUCGGGUAUUUCGUUUGAGGAAAGUUUCUCGCAAGAAGAGAUGGACGAGAAUGCGGAAACGACACAUGACUUAGUUAAACAUGUACAAAAGACUGGAAAGGUCCGUUAUGGGACAACAUCUGACCUCCUGGACUUUGUGAAUAUGGUCUCAAACACACCAUCCUCCUCUCUUUUAGAUGUUGGUAGAGAAAUGGGUGUUCUGGUGAACAAGACAGACAUGAUCAUUAAAGAGGGGCAUUAUCGCAUCGACUUGGACGUCCUUCUCUUUCCGUGGAAACUGACCUACAAGCCCCAGGGCCCUGGACAUGUUCCCAAAGGCUCAUUUGGGAAGGUCCAUCUGGCUCAGGACACCAAAACACGGAAGCGAAUGGCAUGCAAAUUAAUUCCCUUGGAGCAUUUCAAGCCUGCAGAUGUGGAAAUCCAAGCCCGGUUCCGGCACGAGAACAUAGCAGAGCUGUAUGGAGCAUUGCUGUGGGAGCAGACGGUGCAUUUGUUCAUGGAAGCUGGCGAAGGGGGCUCGGUUUUAGAGAAGCUGGAGAGCUGUGGUCCAAUGAGAGAGUUCGAGAUCAUCUGGGUCUCUCAGCAGGUUCUGCGAGGCUUGGAGUACUUGCACUCUCACAACAUUAUCCAUCACGACAUCAAACCCAGCAAUAUUGUGCUGAUGUCUGCCAAAGCCGUGCUGGUAGACUUUGGGCUUACAGUACAGAUGAAGGACGAUGUAUAUGUUCCUCGAGACCUACGUGGCACUGAGAUGUACAUGAGUCCAGAGUUGGUUUUGUGCCGUGGCCACAACACAAAAACUGACAUCUACAGUUUGGGCACCACAAUCAUACACAUGAUGAGUGGCAGCCCUCCAUGGGUUAGGAGAUAUCCCAGAACAGCCUACCCAUCAUACCUAUAUAUAAUCCACAAACAGGCCCCUCCACUAGAGGACAUACCUCAAAGCUGCAGCCCAGCAAUGCGCAGGCUCCUGGAGCAUGCUCUCGAAAGGGUGCCCUCACGAAGGAGCUCUGCUAAAGAGUUACUGAAUGAAGAAGCACUCCAUCCAUCUCGAGAAGACCAGCCGCGCUGUUGGAGUUUGGACUCUGCGCUGGAGGAGGGAACACAUCCACUGCUGCGACAGCACAGCCAGCUUUCAGACAGCACACAAGACUCUUCUUUGUACACUGAGGAUUCUGGGCACUCUAAGAAGAAAGGUUCCCUCUAUAUAGAUCUGGGCGCCUUAGCUGGAUACUACAAUCUGGUUAGAGGACCUCCAUCAAACGAAUAUGGCUAGUUCAGCUGGACUUUUCCUAAGGACUAAUCGAGUACUUGCAAAGCUUGCAUUCAUAUACAUGCUGUCAGAAUUGCAUUAUUGGAUCAGUUCAGUGGAGACAAACUCAUCCACAAGAUGAUUUCGCACGCAGUAUAUAAUGUCCUGAAUGAAGUCAAUGUGCGCUGACUGGACAAUGAACUGUGCAGUUGGAAAUGGAUGCAAAAGACACCCAAGACUUCUUUAAGAGAAGAAUAAACUGGGCUUUUUAUGGGCUAUAUGCACACAGACUUUUAAUUUUCAGCCAGGAAACCCAAGGGCUUCCGGUGAACUGUCUUUCCAUUGCAAAAUUGUCACGUUUAAGAUCUGAUUUCUUUAAAAAUCUGUGAUAUUCACUGCCUGUUAGAUAUACGAAAUCAAAUGCGUCUCAGAUCGGACAAGAAGCGCUGCAUUAAAAUCCAUUUCUCCCCACCAUGUCUUUAAAAUAUGACAGUUUAUUUUACCCCAGUAUAUUCAAUGGAAUUUCUGCGCUAGCCUGUUGCUACUGAUGGAUGCUAAUAGUUUCAAAGGUCUUUCAUCUUGUUUUACGCUUGGACAACUGAAUUAAUGCUUAAGUUUAUUUAACAGAAUGUACUGUAAUUACAUUACAACAUUGAUGCUGUAAAAACAACCUUGUGAAAUUGAAAAUAGUCGCAUUGAGCAUUCACCGGAAGUUUAUCGUUGGCUUUAAAACUCUAGCUGUGCAUAUAGCCCAUUGGUUGAUUUACGGAUUGUGAGGUGCAGGUUUGGGAAUGCAUUUAAUCAUCAUCUGUGUUUUUAGACUAUGAAUAUAUAAUGACAGCAUACUGGAUAUGAAGUAACACCUAUAGUACAAUUUCGGCCAAAGUAUAUAAAAAAAAUUAAAUACUAAAAUGUAUCUCUUUUUAAGAAAUAAAACUAAAAUGUUGAUUUAAAAAGCAGACAUCACAUUAUUAUAAUUUACAUGAACAAUGCAUAUUUAUUGUGACAUUGGACAAAAGCUAUGUUUAAGUUUAAGCGGCCCCUGAUAAACCAGGGAAUAAGUCGAAGUAAGUGACUAUAAAAUAUAAUAAAAAGGCUGGCCUUUAAUGACUGUAAAAAAGUUGCUGAAAAAUAAUAAUUUCAGAUAGUAUUUAAUAUCAGAUAGCAUGCUGAUAUUGUGAGAAGUUGCUGAUACUGUAUGCUGAUAUAUUCAUGCAGAUGAUUAUUGUUUUAUUAUCAUAGCUGAAUAUUUCUUUCUUAUUUUUGAGCACAGCAGUGCAAUGUAUGUUCAAAAUGUAUGUAUGUAUCUCUCCAGUGAACUACUAAGGCUGGUCUGUAUUAUAAAUUAUACACACUCUGACCUACAUUUAUAGUUUUU